AUGCCUAGAAAGUAUUAUGCUCGGCUAUGCACUCUUCAGAAGUGGGAAAAUUAUUCAGGUUAUGGAUUUAGCCUACAGGCGACGAAGGGCAAGGUCGGACACUAUAUAAGUGAGGUCGAUCAACAAUCUCCUGCAUUUGCGGCUGGUCUUAGAGAUGGUGAUUACGUAGUAGAAGUAAAUGGCGUUAAUAUUGUACCUAACCAACAUCAAGAGGUAGUACAAUGUAUUUUGAAAAAUCCAUCAAAAGUCUCCCUUCUUGUACUCGAUCCAGAAUCAAAAGCUUAUUUCGAAAAUAAUUCAAUUAAUGUCAGUAAAUUUAUGGUAGAUAUUGAGAAAGUCUGUUGUCCAGCAGUUAAUCCAUUUACAUCUGGUCAAAAGGUGAAUGGACAUAAUGAACUGAUUUCAGAUGACAGUUUUUUAUCAAGUGAAUCAGAAAAAAAUAAAGUUGGAACCAGUGACGAGAUGACCAUUCAAUCAUCCAGUUAUCCAUCAUCUAUGGUUUCAUUAUCACAACAUAAUAAUUCACUGACAAGUAUUCGUAAUAGUUCACCAGCAUAUAGUUAUAAGUCAAGAAAUGAUAAGAUAAAUGGUGCUUUAUCCGUUCAAGAUACUCCCAUCUCUAUCGAAUCUAAGAAGUCUAUUCAACGGAACAAUCAUCAAUCAAUUAUAAGUGAUAUUGAUUCGGAUAUAAUUAGUAAUAAAUCAACAGUAAAUGGAGGACGUCGACGAAAUCAACAAAAAGAUUUUCUAAGUUUUAAUGCACGUGCAAAAAUAGUGAAUGAAUUGUAA